AUGCUGCCCUCGCACAGCUGGCUUGCCUUCGCGCUGCUGGUGCAGUUUGCGUUGGCAACAAGCUAUGUUUCUUCCUUUUCCGACGCUAGCUGCACCCAGCUGUUUAACGAGUGGGACGGGCCAAACGGCUAUCCCAAUGGCUCGUGUACGAGCAUCCGCACCAAGGCCCAGGGUCAGGUUACGAGCUUCAUGAUCACCGGCUUGGAUGAGGGUUGCACCGUCACCCUCUACGCCAACGACGGCACAGACAUCUGCACCCCGAACGCAUCAACUUUCCUGGCCGACGUGGAGACGUGCUACAACUCUUCGUGGGCCUUCUAUAGCAUCGACUGGUGUACACUGGGCGGCACCUCCUACAUUCGCCCAUCCGCUUCGGAUUCGGACGACAACAAGGCCAUCGUCGGCGCAAUUGCCGGCGGCCUCGUUGGCGGCGUCGCCCUGCUCGCUCUUAUUCUGAUGCUCCCGCUCUACUUUUGCAUGAUCCGACCGCGCCGGACACUCGUCCGCGAACAACAGGCCGCCCUCCAAGCUUAUCGGCAACAAUUACAGCAAAGCGUGUCCCCGGGCCAGUCCGACGCGCCUUCCGCCACCGAGGCCUGGGUGGAAAUAGGACCAGGGCAACUGAAGCACGAACUGCCUGUAACAACCAAGGCCGAACCGGUAGAGCUCUCGGGCCCCUUCGACCGUAACAUGUCGGAUGAAGAGAAGGGCCUGCACAUGCGAUGA